UCCAACACCCCCUCUCCCGGUGGAAACGCUGUGUGAUUGAAAAGGAAGAAAUUUUCCUUCUAACAUGACAUCAUGACGCCGGCAGGUUGCAUCCUGGUGCUCGCCGUCCUGGGUGUCACUCCCUCAGCAGCCGGGGAGUUCCGUUCAAUAGCCGAAACUGAAGAUGUCCUCCUCAGACAUUUAUUCCAAGGUUAUCAGAAGUGGGUUCGCCCUGUAUUAAAUUCUAAUGACACCAUAAAAGUACACUUUGGACUGAAAAUAUCUCAACUUGUAGAUGUGGAUGAAAAGAACCAGCUGAUGACAACAAAUGUGUGGCUCAAACAGGAAUGGACAGACCACAAAUUACGCUGGAAUCCUGAUGAAUACGGCGGAAUUCAUUCCAUUAAAGUCCCAUCAGAAUCUCUCUGGCUCCCUGACAUAGUUCUCUUUGAAAAUGCUGAUGGGCGUUUCGAAGGCUCCCUCAUGACCAAAGCCAUCGUGAAAUCGAAUGGAACCGUCACCUGGACCCCUCCUGCCAGUUACAAAAGCUCGUGCACCAUGGACGUCACGUUUUUCCCAUUUGACCGGCAGAACUGCUCCAUGAAGUUUGGGUCCUGGACUUACGAUGGUACCAUGGUCGACCUCGUUUUGAUGAACGAAAACGUCGACAGGAAAGACUUCUUCGAUAAUGGAGAAUGGGAAAUACUAAAUGCCAAAGGGAUGAAGGGACACAGGAGAGACGGUCUGUACUCCUACCCGUUCAUCACCUAUUCCUUCGUCCUGCGUCGCCUGCCUCUGUUCUACACCCUCUUCUUGAUAAUCCCCUGCCUGGGACUCUCUUUUCUGACAGUUCUGGUGUUCUAUUUACCUUCUGACGAAGGGGAAAAACUUUCCUUGUCCACCUCUGUCCUUGUUUCCCUGACAGUUUUCCUUCUCGUAAUUGAGGAAAUAAUCCCUUCCUCCUCCAAGGUCAUCCCUCUCAUUGGAGAGUACCUGUUGUUCAUCAUGAUUUUCGUCACCCUGUCGAUUAUUGUCACCGUGUUCGUCAUUAAUGUUCACCACAGAUCUUCGUCCACUCACCACCCCAUGGCCCCCUGGGUUAAGAGGCUCUUUCUGCAAAGACUUCCUAAAUUACUUUGCAUGAAGCACCACGUGGAUCGCUACUCUUCCCCAGAGAAAGACGAGAGGAAACGGGUGAUGAAAGGUAAAGUCCUAGGAAAAAAGAAACAGAAGCAGAUGGGGGACGGAGAGAAGGUUCUGGUUGCUUUCUUGGAAAAGGCUGCUGACUCCAUUAGAUACAUCUCCAGGCACGUGAAGAAGGAGCAUUUUAUCAGCCAGGUAAUACAAGACUGGAAAUUCGUAGCGCAAGUUCUGGACCGCAUCUUCCUGUGGCUCUUCCUGAUCGUCUCAGUGACGGGCUCCGUCCUGAUUUUUACCCCCUCUUUGAAGAUGUGGCUACAUAGCUACCACAAGGAACAAGUCUCCAGAGCGAUCUAACAUACCUACCAUAGAGACAAAGUCACGCCAUGGAACUGACAUCCAGCUGGCACGUAUACACAGCACCCAAAUGCACAUGCUUCUUGGAAGGGCCUGUGUCGUCCUCAAGGAAACUGAACCAUGGGAAACGUAGGUUUGCUCACAGUAAAUUCGUGGUGGCCAUUAGCGUGGGCCUGCGCCUAGUAAAACAGAACCUCUACAGGCCCCUGCCUUGGCUUCAGGGCGGAGUCCAGGCCUGAGGUCACACGCCGGCAGCACAAGGAUAUCCCCAGGAACUGGACUGAGGCCUAACAAGACAGGCCCGAGAAUUCAAGGAGGCCUCAGUGAAGGUAUUUGUGUGGGCAGGACUUGGGUCUCCUGUGCCCUGUUCUUGGUGGCUUUGCCUGAGAUACAUCUUGGGCUGCGUGUUGUGGAUGGACAAAUUUCAACAGCCAUGAUAGAACUUUGGGGCUCCCGUGUGUAACCCACAUAUCCAUAUUUUUCUGCACGUUUUAUUGGAAUUUUUUAAAAAGGAGGCAGCAUGGUGAAGUAGAAACUAGGGCACAAGGACUCUAGACCAGCCAUUUCCCAGCUGGGAGCUGUGGGACCUUAGGCACAUCAUUUGUCCUCUCUGGGCAGUAAGAGGUUAUGACUCAUCACUUUUGACACUCUUUUCCACUCUAAAAUUCUAUUCUUUGGAUAUGUAUACUGGAGCUUUCACAAUUUUUAAACUACACAGUUUCUAAUUAUAACUUUGAUCCUUUGGGAAAAUGAAUCUGCUUUCUCUCUACUGUAGGACAGAAUUUACAGGAAAAUAUUGUGAUGAAACCAAGGAUUCGAUGCCGUAAAUCCCUGACAGGAUUGUGAAAUCAAAGGGCAAAUCACUGUUCUUUUUAUUGAGAAUGCUAUUGACUUUAACUUUAUUUAACUCAUUAGUUUGCUAGGUAAAUGGCAAAACUAAUCUUAGAAAAAUGCAUUUUGAUUAGAAUCUAGUCUCAGAUUUUGAAAAAUACCACAUGAAACACUCCCCAAGCCUCCUUCUGACCAGGCACAAAUACAGCAAAGGUCAAACCUGUAUACAUGUGCGUACAGCUUAUUCCUCGUUGCAGCUAAAUUGGGAGGCAACACCCGCUUCCAAUAUGGAAAAGGAUAAAUAUUUAUAUAUCACAAUAACCCUCAGAAAGUAACUACAAAAGAGAACUUUAGAGCAAAUAAAUUUUUAUUUCAAAUGUAUAGCAAGAAAAACCCUCUGUGGGCAAUCUUGCCAGCUAAUUCCAAGUGGACGCAGCAGGACCCACACAACUCUCCAUCACACGUGUGAGCAUGUGGGACAGACACAUGCCUGGGCACACACGUGCAGGCACACACACUCGUUGACACACUGGGCAUGCACACAGGAGUGGGCACACACAGAGCUGUCCUAAUUGUUCUCACUCUCCAUAUCUUUGCUACCACUCCACCUCCUCAUGAAGCCUUUAUAGAGCACAUGGGCGCCACUGAACUCCCUGUCUCUGAAAAUCCAUGGUGUUUUCAGUUUCUGCUUUAUGGUUUAGAAGGCAAUUGUUCUUUAGUAUUUCAUUAAGUGAAUUUUAUGGCCUUGCCUAUAUCAUAAUAUAACCCUCUGUUAUAUUCCCAACAGCAUCUAGUAGAGCUGUGUACAUAGUCAGGACUCAAUUGACUAAUUAAACCAGUACCAGCAAGUUUGCAUUGGGGUUUUCAUUUAAAAUAAAGACAAAUUUUUACUCUUGCUCAAUCCUCCAAUAUUUCCAGCUCUCUGUGUGUGAUUUUCAGCACAUACCUUAAACUUUUUCUCAGAUUAAAAUGUUUUUAAUGAA